AUGUUUGUGAGACCAGCUAACCUUUUAACCUCAAACUAAGUGCUGGGAAGAAUGUUGAUGAUGACUUAAAAUCAUCAUAAUAUGAUGCUUAUGGGAGCAAUUCAAAGAUGCAACUUCGUAUCAAGAGCCCCGAAUGGACUUACUGAAUAUUAAGCUGAAGCCAAGGAAUUAUUACCUUUCAAUGCUAGUAAUCUAUGGGAUAAUAUUGGUGCAAGGUAAAAAUUCAAGAGAGUUGGUAGGGGUCCUGGAUCAGGCCUUGGAGCUGGUGGUCAAGUAAACAGAGGUUUCGAAGGUGGUUAAUCAUCUCUUUCCAAGAGAUUCCCUAAACGUGGAAUGAAGGCUGAUGCUUUUAAUAACAAAGAUGAAAUCGAGAUUUUAAAUUUAGGUUAACUUGCUUACUAUAUCUCAAAAGGUUUUGUAGAUGCAUCGAAAACAAUUACUAUGAAAGAUCUAGUUGAUUCUAGAUGUCUUUCUAGCGUCAAAGAUGGAGUUAAGCUAUUGUCAAGAGGUGCUGAAAGUUUACAGAAGCUGGGAGUUCCCAUAAACAUUGAAGUUAGUAAUGCUACGAAAUCAGCUAUUGAAGCAAUUAAAGCUACAGGUGGUGAAAUAUCAGUAUAAUAUAGAACUCCUCUCAUUAUGAGAUAUCACUUAAAGCCACACAAAUUCAAUGACUACAAGACAUUGAAGACUCCAAUGCCUCCCCAAAAGAAAGUAGUUAAACUUGAAAAAUUAAGAGAAAAAGGACUCAAUGUUGCUUAUCCAAGAGCACCUUGGUACACUGACAACAAAGAAGCAAUUCUAAAGGAAGCUUCAGAUACAGAAAAGAGAAUCAAUGAGGCUCAGCAUGCUAACCUUCUCAAGAAACUUCCAGCAGAUAGAAAUGCAGGUCAGAGCAAAGAUAUUCCAAAAAUUGAAAGAAAACCAAUUACUAAGUUCUACAAGUUCAUUUGA